AGUUCGCAAUUCAAUUUACUAUCGUAAGGAAUUAAUGAAACAUGGUAUGAGUUACUUUAUUUUAGGAUUAGAACUGACAGAUCCAUGAAACAUAUCAAGCGUCCCACUCUUUUGUUUAGUGUACUGUGACAGUUGUGGCUGAAGGGGUCAUUUUAUAUAGUUACAUCAAAGAAAUGAACGUGUUUAGAUAGGGAUGUUGAUUGUAGUGUUUUCUAGUUUUAAGCCAAUAAGACCCAAUGAUUUACACUUUACAUGGAUUUGCAAUAUUUUUUCUCAUAUAUUGGUCAGGACUAUGGGUACUUCAUUUGCUAGCGAUAUUUUACGGUAAAUAUAGACUGCACAGGAAGGUUAAACCAUUAUCCACAGAUGAACCCUAUCCCGGUGUGUCAAUAUUAAAACCUCUUAUGGGGACCGAUCCCCAUUUGGUAUCAAAUUUGGAAACUUUUUUUACUAUGAAUUAUCCCAUGUAUGAAAUCCUUUUUUGUAUAGAAGAUGAAAAAGACCCAGGAAUAGAUGUAGUAAACGCAUUAUUAAAUAAGUACCCAAAAGUUCAAGCUAAAGUAUUUAUUGGUGGCUCAACUGUCGGUGUUAAUCCAAAAAUUAAUAAUAUGAAUAAAGCAUACGAGUCUUCUAUUUACGACUUAAUUCUCAUAUCCGAUAGUGGCAUUAGAAUGAAAGAAGAUACUUUACUAGAUAUGGUAGAACAUAUGACUGAAAAAACUGGCAUUGUGCAUCAAAUGCCAUUUACAUCUGAUAGAAACGGAUUUGCUGCCACGCUCGAAAAGAUAUAUUUUGGUACGGCUCAGUCAAGAAUGUACCUAGGUGCGGAUUGUUUGGGCAUAAAUUGCCACACUGGCAUGUCUACACUCAUCAGGAAAGAUGUUUUGGAAGAACAAGGUGGUUUGAAAACGUUUGGCUGUUACCUAGCUGAAGAUUUUUUUAUAGCUAAAUCAUUCCUCGAUAAGGGAUGGAAAACUGCCAUUAGUAGUCAGCCUGCUUUACAAAACUCUGGUAUCUGUGAUGUAAAUAGUUUUCAAGCCAGAUUAACACGGUGGGCUAAAUUACGGGUGGCGAUGUUACCAACUGUAAUAAUUUUUGAACCACUAUCUGAAUGUAUGGUGAUUGGUGCUUGUGCCGCAUGGGCAGCAAGCUUUUUGUUCCGAUGGGAACCUUUAGUUUUUUACUUAGUUCAUAUUCUAGUAUGGUUCUUGUGUGACUGGAUGUUGUUGUCUAUAGUACAAAAUGGGUCUUUACCUUUCAAAAGAUUUGACUUUAUUAUUGGGUGGCUGUUCCGUGAAUGUUCUGGUCCUUAUCUGUUCCUCUUAGCUCUGUGUCAUCCCGAAAUUAGAUGGCGCAAUCGUGUCUUCAAGUUGACUUGGGGCGGUAUAGCACAGGAAGUAAAACCCAGAAUCAAAUGUUAAUAAAAAACAUUGAAUUUGUUUUAGGUAUAACUUCGAUAUACUGUUUUAAGAGACAAUUUGUACUUCUCGGGAAAGUAAAUACUGACAGUACAGUUAUAUAUACUUACUGGGUAUUUACUCAUUUAAUCACUUUCUUCAAUUAGUGUGAGGUGUAUUUAAAGUUUUGUAUUUCUUAAGUAAAAACGUAACAAAAUAGGUUGAGAAUAGUAAUUAUAAUAAUGAGAAAACAUUUUUGAAUUGCAUAUUCAUUGUGUUGAUUUAGGAGACUGCUAAUUAGGUUAAAACAUAUUUUAAAUAUUCUAAAGCAAUGCCCAAAAUUCAGACCAAAUACACUUUUAAAAAUAUCAACAGCACACAAUUUUUUUUAUGAAGAAAAGAUUAUAAAAGGAAUACAUUGUUCACUAAAUUUUAUUUCUAUAAAUAAAGUUUUUUUUGUAAAAUGUUUUUGAAAUUACUCUCAAUUGCGGCCUUUAUCAGAUGAAACGUCACAAAAACUGACUAUUUUCUAUACCUUAAUUUUAGUUUUACAAAUAUCAGGAAAGAUAUAGUUUAACAUAAUGAGAUGUAUUUUUUUCAACUUCUGUUUGUGUCUGAAUAUUUUUAAAAUUUGUAGGACUUUUAUGUUUACUACUGAUACUUUUAUAGGAGUUCCCACAUUUUAUAAGUAAUCCUAGUUUAUAACAUUUGUGAUAUUUUGCCCAUUCACUACUUUUAGAUAACCAAAGAAUUAGUUUGUAAUUUCUUUUAACAUCACCUUAUGCAUGUACAGUUUGUCUCAAUAGUAAGUUGUAUAUCGAAGUUAUUAUAUUCUACAUCAAGGCUGUCAUAUCUCUCAAAUAAAUAAUAAUUCAAAAAUUACGUACUAUUUUAGUGGAUUUUAAAGCCAAUUGUACAUAAAACUAUACCAGUGUUUUAGCUUUUGUUUUAAUAAUUGAGCUUCAAACUAUGUAUGUAUUUUGUAUGCUAUUACAAAACCAUAUCUGUCUUUUAAUCGAAAUAAAAGCAUUUUUAUCAACCAAAA